AUGAGAGACCCUGCUAAUCAAGGAACACAGCUUCUUGUUUUAGAAGGUGGUUUAGGUAAUCUCCAAAGCAUGCAAAGCAAUCCCAGAUCAUGGAACAUCGCCGGUUGUCCAAACAUGCUUCUGAAAUUUGAAAUAGGAAGCUACCAGGUUUCCAGUUUGCUGUCUGGUGGAGUCAUACAACUUGUUUUGGUGAUUCAAACUGACACAAGUACAAUAAGCAGGCAUUUGGGAGCUGCUGCCAUGUGCUCCCAUUCCAAAGUGAGUGAGUUGAUACACAGAGAUGAUGAUGAUGAUGAAUGGGAGGGAAGCAGCAGCAGUAGUUGUAGCAAUAGAUAUCCCUUCACUGCAACUCAAUGGCAAGAGUUAGAGCACCAAGCUCUCAUCUUCAAGUACAUGGCUUCAGGCAUUCCUAUUCCCUCUGAUCUAAUCCUCCCCAUAAGAAGAAGCUUCAUGUUAGAUCCUUCUCCUUGUACCACCCCUACUCUUGCUUUUCCUCACCAACUCCCAAUGGGGUGGGGGAGUUACCAGUUGGGGUAUGGGAGGAAGGCAGAGGACCCAGAACCAGGGAGGUGCAGGAGAACAGAUGGAAAGAAGUGGAGAUGCUCUAAGGAAGCUUACCCUGACUCUAAGUACUGUGAGAGGCACAUGCAUAGAGGCAAGAACCGUUCAAGAAAGCCUGUGGAAAUGUCACUAGCCUCCAUCCCCACCACUCACCACUCUCGCUACCCCACACCACCACCACCUUCUCUUUCUAUUUCCACUCCUGAUUCUUCCCAUAACCUUUUUUACCCUUACUCUUCUUCAUCAUCAUCUUCUUCUUCCAAAACUUCUACUGCUUCCACUGCUUCUACUACUACUACUACUACUCGUUUGCAUCUUGACACUGGAAGUUACUACUCAACAGAAAACAAAGAUUACAGGUAUGGUCAUGGAAUGAAGGAUGUAGAUGAGUACAGUUUCUUUUCAGAGAGUUCAGGUGCUUCCAGAGAUGAUUCAUGGCCAAAACUCAGCUCAAACUACUCAAACUGCACUGCUGACUUCUUGUCUAAGGAGGAAGGAGAGAAGCAGCAACAACAGCAUUGUUUUGUUCUGGGAGCUGAUUUCAAGCUAGAGAAACCUGUGAAGGUUGACAGAGAGGAGGUGCCUCUUCGCCAUUUCUUUGAUGAGUGGCCUCAGAAGAGCAAGGACUCAUCCUCUUGGAUGAGUCUUGAUGAUCAUUCAAGCUCUAGAACUCAGCUCUCCAUCUCCAUUCCCACAAUGGCCUCAAUAUACCAGUACCACAAUGAAGGUUGAACUGUGCUGGUGUUCAUUUGUUUGUUCUUUCUCUUUCUGUUCCUUUGGUUCUAUGUGUCUCAGUGGCUGAUAAGCCUCUUGAUUGAAUGAAUGAAAGAAUCAAUGUAUGAGACUUUGUUGUAUG